UUCCUCCGCUAACACUUGGGCGGCGAUUAGAGAGCAGCGGUACCUGAGCGAGCCCGGUGCACGCGCCCGCUCUGAACCUCCACAGGAAAAGGCAGCGGGUACAGCUCUGGGCCACCGACUCACAGAGCCAGGAGCCCAGUGGCUGGGCGGUGGCGACCACCGCGUGUGGCCAUCACCGCUUCUCCCUAGAAGGGCGCUCGCCCUGCGCUUGCGUCCACACUGAGCGUCAUCCGACUGGGCACUUCUGGCGGCACCCAGAGCUCGAGGCAGCCCUAACCCGGGCAGGGGGGGCGCCCGAGCACCCGGAAGAGCCGGCGCACUGAGGCCCGAACAAAGCGUGCACGCGGCCACGUCGCCCACCCUGUGAAGGUCACCUAGGAGACCAGGCCGGCCCCACCCGCGGCGUCUGGCAACCUAGAUCAGCCAGGGCAGAAAAUGGAAGAGUCUCCCAACGAGGCUCCCGCCGGAUCCUUGGCGCCUGAAAGCACAGCCAAGUCCCCAGAUGACAGCCACACAGAUGGCCAGGAAGACACCUGGAAGGACCAGGAUGAAGAAGAGGUAGAUGACCAGACUGAUCCCAGAACAGCUGAGCAGGCCGCGCAAGGAAUGUCUGGACAGACUGACCACAAAGGCUCUGAACCCACUGGGCGCCAAACAUCUGAUCGCGCCGAUCUCAGAGCAUCCGACCACGCCAGUGUUGCUCAGGGUAGUGCAUCUGAUCACGAUGACCAACGAACGUAUCAACAGACAGACAGCAGGACAUCUAGCCGAGCCAAUCAUGUACAGUCUGAACAGACUGACAGCGAGAUGUUUCUUCCACGUGAACAGAGAACUUCUGAACAGAUUGGAAGCAGAAGGUCCAGCCAGGCUGAAGGCAGAGAUUAUGGGCAGAUGGACCACAGAUUGUCCAGCCCUACCGAGGAAAGAGCUUAUGAGCAGAGUAACAGGAGAUUGUCCAGCCAGUCGGACCAAAGACCUUCUGAACAGAUUGGCCGUAGAUUGUCUGUCUCAUCUGAACAAGGAGCCUCUGAACAGAUGGGUCGCCGAAUGUCCAGCCAGGCGGACAAAAGAGCUUCUGAACAGAUUGACAGCAGGUUGUCUGGCCUGGUUGAACGAAGAACUCCUGAAAAGACCGGUCACAGACCGGCUAACCAAGUUGACCCCAUAACACCUGUAAAGACUCACCAAGAAGUGUAUGAGGAAGCUGCUGGCAUAGCUGAACAGCAAGCCGCUGACCAAGCUGAGGGCACUGCUGAUCACCUUCCGGCCGACAAGCCUGACUACAGUGACCAGAUGGGCCACUUAAUGGACGAAGAGAAUUACUACAAAGACUACCUGGCUGACUAUGGAGCCCUUGACCAGUAUGAUGACAGACUGUUUGCCCAAUUUGGUGACAGUAAGAGGUACGAAGAGGCUGAACCUAGAAUAGAACCCUGCAAAUUUGAGACUGGAGACAUCGACAGUGACAACUCCCCAGCUUCAGCUGAAACUGAAAGUUCAACUGAUCUGCAAGCAUCUGACUCGUUUGGUGCCAGGUUCACCAGUAAUUUGCAAGCAAAAGACCAAGUCUAUUCCCAAAGAUUCCCUUGUAUCUCAUCCAAGUUGGACUAUAUCAUCAGUCGAGAAAAAACUGAAGCCAUAGAAACCAAGUCAGAUGAUAUUCCAGAGUACCAAGAAGGACGGAAAUCUUUUGGAUAUGAUCAAACUUAUAGGAGGCAGUUCCCUCCUAUUGUAUAUGAAGAUCCUUAUCAAGUUUCACUACGAUACAUGGAGAAGCACCACAUUCUACAAAUAUUCCAGCAGAUCACUGAAAACUUAGUCUAUGAAAAGCCGGAGGACCCCCUCAGUUUUAUGCUGUGCCAGGUACAGGAAAUGAUAGCAAACAGAGACAAAAGUGAAACCUACAAAGAAUGAAUUUCUCCUCAACAUUGUUUACAGCCCUCAGUAUCAACACUAUGUUCUGCCUCUCACUCUGAAAAAUGAUUUUUGAAUGGUCAUUGGUAGUGACUCUGCCUAAAUAUGUUCUUAAUUUUCAAGUAAAAAUCUAUAGGCUAUCUACUUCAAAAAUUCACAUGAUAGUUACAGUUACCUCUGGCUAAUCAUACCAAAUACAUAGGUGUUAUACUUCUCCAUGGCUUGGUAUUUCAGUACUCAUUCUUCCAAAGUACUGUACAAUAACAAGUUCACAAAUCUCAAGGAGGAUCAAGAAAAGAAUAUGAGUAGUUUAUACGUAGUUCUUAUAAGGCAUACAAAUCUAUCAUAUCUCCAAGCUAUUUAUAAAAUUUUCAAUCAGAAAAUAAUUUUUAACAGCCCAUUUUUUCCCCUUCUCUUAAUGGAAGAUGAUUGUUAUAAUCUCUUUUUUCUUGUCUUUUAAUACCUCCAACAUAUUUUUACUGUUUUUCUCUUUGACCCUGCCUGUUAUAUUCUGCCCUUAGUAGAUGGGAUUUAAUCUAAUCCUAGGAAUAGCUCUCCUCUGAUUUUUAACCUACAGCAAAAUUCAAACAUGUUAUACUACUAUGUACACAUCUGUGGGAGAGGCAGACUCAUGCUUCCUCAUUACCUUUAUCCCCUGAAGAGUAUCGACAUUGUAUGGACCGUGUAACCAGUGGAACUGGUAUUUAAAAGCAAAAAGCCUUAACAUGGUCUGUCUGGUAUGAGAGUAUCUGCCCAGCAAUCAUAACUGAGAUGAUCAUCCAAUAUUAUAUUUGUAAGCUGAACCUGUUGUUUAAUUUCUAUUUGAACA